AUGGUAACUCUAAAGGGCAAGCACUUAGAGUUAUUCCAUACAGAGCAGCAAAAGAUGAACAAGAUCAUGUUUGUCACCUUGGUCUAUGCAAAGUGUGAUGCAAUAGCAAGAUUAGCUUUGUGGAAUAGUCUUUAUGUUCUAGCUGAUGGGAUGGUAGCUCCAUGGCUGAUAGGGGCUGGUUUUAAAGGAAGCCCUUUCACUUGGUGGAAUGGAAGAUCUGAUGGGCAGUGUAUCUUCAAAAGGCUUGAUGGAAUGUUAUAUAAUAAUUUGAUGCAGCAAUGGUAUGGUCUCAUUGAAGUGGACCAUCUUGCUAGGACUGGAUUUGACCAUGCUCCUUUGUUGUUAUCCUGUAAUGAACAACAACAUCAAUUUAUUAGGCCUUUCAAAUUUCUGAAGUUUUGGGUAGAUCAUGAAUCUUUCCAAUCAGUUGUAACUCAGAACUGGCAUGCAGAAGCGGAAAGGGAGGUUUUCUUAUCUUUUAAAAAGAAAGUGAAUAAAAUUAAUGUUGUUUUAUCAGCAUUGAGCAGGCAUGUGUUUGGGGACAUAUUCAAGCAGUUGACUAUUAGAAAGAACAUUGUGAGAAUUAAAGAACAGUUGUUUGAAGAGUCUCCUACUGAAGUUAAUAGAAUGUUGUUACAAAGAGCACAAGCUGAACUUAAGAGAUACUUGUACUAUGAAGAGGAGUUUUGGAGACAAAUUCUAGCUAUGAUUGCUUUGUUGAGGGGGAUAGAAACACUAGAUUUUUUUCACAAUAUUGUCAAUGGUAGGAGGAAAAGAACUCUGAUUAGGAGGAUUCAAAAUGCUGAUGGUAACUGGACAGAAAGUGUUAAUGAGAUAGCUGAUGAGGCCAUCUCCUUUUAUCAGAAGAAAUUCAGUCAGGAUUCAAUGCAGAACUUUCAAUCCGAAAUGGCUAUAUUGGAUCAUAUUCCUAGUAUGAUUUCACAGGAGGAAAAUGCACACAUUGUUGCUAUCCCAACUAUGGAAGAGGUUAAACAAGCUGUGUUUGAAUUAUCAGGGGAUAGUGCUAGUGGUCCUGUUACACCCCGUAGUUUCUCUAUUACUCAUACAAACUUGGUUUUGUUGCCUAAGAAGAAUGAAGUGGAAAGCUUUUCUGACAUGAGGCUUAUUAGCCUUAGUAACUUUAUCAAUAAAGUUAUCUCUAGAGUGGUUCAUAACAAAUUGGAGAAGGCCCUACCUAGAUUGAUAUCUGCCAAUCAAUCAGGUUUGGUAAAGGGCAGAAAUAUCAUUGAGAAUGUUUUACUAACCCAAGAGAUUGUUUCUGAUAUAAGGUUAAGAGAUGACACCUUAGUUUUUGCUUCAGCUGAUGCAAAAUCAUUGGAGCUAAUUAUGGAUACUUUGAAGGCUUAUGAAGACAACUCUGGUCAGUUGAUUAAUAAGAGAAAAAGUUCUUUCUACAUGCAUUCUAAGGUCUGCAAUGUAUUACUGCAGCAAGUUGAGAAGCUCACUGGAGGCAAGGCAAUAUUGAUCAAGAGUGUGCUUCAGAGUGUUCCUAUCCAUAUUCUAUUAGCUAUAAGGCCUCCAAAGUGUGUGAUCAAGGAGAUUCAUCAGAUUUUUGCUAAGUUUUUCUGGUCUAGUAAAGAGGAUGUAAAGUCUAGACAUUGGGCUGCCUGGUUAAAGAUAUGUUUUCCAGUUGAAGAAAGUGGAUUAGGAUUCAGGUCCCUUUUUGAUAUAGCAAAGGCUUUGAAUGUUAAACUAUGGUGGAGAUUCAGGACUUCCAACUCUCUUUGGGAAAACUUCCUUUGGAAUAAAUACUGCAAAAAGCAGUAUCCACAAUAUGUUACAUGGAAAGGAGGAUCUCAAGUAUGGCAAAUGGUGUUAGAAGCUAGAGAUAACAUUGAACAAGAGAUCUGGUGGGAAACACAUAGUGGUACUGCUAACAUCUGGUAUGAUAACUGGACUAAAUUAGGAGCAUUACACUAUAUUGUUCCUAAUGACUUCAUUAGUGAUGACAGUAUAGAGGAUGUGAGUCACUUUAUUACUGAAGAUGGAUGGAAUGAGGAAUUGAUGCAUCAUUAUUUACCUGAGGAGAUUGCUAGUCAUGUUGUAAAGGAGUUGAAAGUCCAUAUUGAAGAAGGUCAAUGGGACAAGCCCUAG